UAGCACGCAGCAAACGACGACCAACAGUGUCUGAUCCUGCAGACCUCUCCUCGGCUUGUCAGAGAAUCCCCGCAAUCCCGUCCUUUCUUGGUGCUUCUUGAAUCCCGGCGCCCUCCCUCUGCGAACAGUUCCGUCCGUAAGCUUUCGCUGUGAAGCUGUGCAUUCGGCUCGCACUUUCUCGCAUUCGGAGCAGCAGCGCGGCCUAGUAUCAGUGCGAGAAAAUCGUCGCGGACUCCUCCCGCAGUCCCUGCGCGCAGCAAGAAGGCACGUCGUUGUCCCUCGACGCGAGCGAGCGAGCGUAAUGGCAAUUGCAGGAGAUUCCAGACAUUGCAGCACCAUCUUCUACAGCAUGAUUAUCUUCUCAAUCACGACGCUGAUGUACUUGUGCACAACAGAAGUGGAGUCGCACGUGCUGCUCGAUGAGGUGCUCCCGUGGGCAGUACUGGCGCCUUUCGGCCAAAACAACAUCGCCAGCGCUUUGAGUCAAGUGGCUUCCAACUUCCCGUACUUGCUUACAGUCAUGGCCUGUGGAUAUUUUCCUCUGCGGUGGACACGCAACUACUUCGAAAACAUGGACUACUUUGGAUCCAACUUCCACUGAGCGACGUCUUCGGAAAAAAAUGCACGACUGCAGUCACACAUAGCAGUGGCCGCAGUUUCGUCUCGACAUCAGUUGCGCCGAAAGAGUUAUGUACAUAAACCUCAUUUUUGUCUAGAGAGGGGGACGAAUAUGAACUCCUCUCCUGUUCUGUAAAUUGCACACUUUUUUCAUCUCGUUGAUCCCAACAGGAUGAUGUGAGAUGGCGUCUUAUCUGAAGACUUCCUUCGAAGGAGCUCAAGCAGCAUCCUCUCAUUUAUGUAAUGGAUAUGCGGACCAAUUAGCGCGCGUAUCGCCAAUUGAUAGCGCAGCACUCCGUCAUACCAAAUGGAAUAAUAUCUUCUUCAGUAGAAUUUAGAUUCUAUUCGAACAGGAUACAGCGGCCACACCGCUUAGUGUAGAGGAUAUAAAUUACGUCCUUCGGUACUUGUAGGUGCAAGGACCACUAUCGUUGUAUAAUAAAAUCAUGGCAACUACCUUGUUGUGGAUAAUGAUGUUCUAUUACCGCCAGCUGUGUUGAAACUUGUAUCUACGUGAA